AUGGGGAGAAAGAGGAAGACCAGAUCGGCGGCCAAGGGCGAGGCUCCGGCGGCAGCGGAGGACAGCCGUCGGAUGAAAAAGCGUAUCCCGUUGGAGUCCGCAGGGGAUUACGAGGAGGAUGAGUUUGUGGCGGAGGAAGAUUUCGGCGGCGGAGAGGUUGAGGGCGAGUCCGGAUCUGGUGGGGAGUUGGAGGAUGGGGCAGCGGAGGAGUCCGCGAUUCCGGUUCGGAGGGUUGUUAGAAAUGAAGCAGCGGAGGGUGAGGUCCGGUUUUUGGGCGAACCGGUUCCGAAGGAUGAGGCUAAGGCUCGGUGGCCCCACCGUUAUAAGAGCUCGAAGGCGAUGGAUGAGGAUGAUGAUUUGCAGGCCAGACGUCAUUUUUCUCAAGCAGAAGUUGAUGGGCAGAUUUACUGCCUGGACGAUGAUGCUCAAGCAAAGGCUGGCGAAGGGAAGGAAGAUUACAUAUGUAAGAUUAUUGAAUUCUUUGAAGCAGUUGAUGGUUCACAAAAUUUCACUGCCCAGUGGUAUUACAGGGCUUCUGACACGCAUAUGGAAACCUGUGGCGACCUCAUCGACAAGAAGCGUAUAUUCAUUUCUGAAGUAAAGGAUGACAAUCCUCUUGACUGUCUGGUGAAGAAGCUUAAAAUUAUAAAAUUGUCUCCUGAGGCUGAAUGUAACGCGGAGAAGCUGAGGUCAACAUAUGAUUAUUAUGUUGAUAAGAAGUAUUUGAUUCCAUAUACUUCUUUUAUAAGCCUGCCUUCAGAUGCUACUACCGUCAGCAAUGAAUCUGGUUCUACCAUCUCCAGUGAUGCUGAUGAUUUACCUGUUGGAUCUUGUGAAUCAGAAGAUCAUCGUGGUGAGAAAACAAUGCUUGAUCUAUACUCUGGAUGUGGUGCCAUGUCAACAGGACUUUGCCUUGGUGCAAAUAGCAAUGGUGUUAAACUUGUGACUAAAUGGGCAGUUGAUAUCAACCCGUAUGCCUGCAAAAGCCUCAAGUUGAAUCAUCCUGAAACUGAGGUGAGAAAUGAAUCAGCUGAGGAUUUCUUGGCCCUGCUUAAGGAAUGGGAAAAGCUCUGUGAUAAGUAUGUAUCAACAGGGAACAAUGACUUGAAUGGUGAUGAUGAAAAUUCUAAUGUGGAGAAAGUUGGUGAAGAUGAUGAUGAUGAUGGUGGUGAUGAUGAUUCUGAAGUAUAUGAAGUUGAGAAGAUUCUCGCAAUUUGUUAUGGAACUCCUGGUAACCAACAGAAGCGUCAACUUUACUUCAAGAUCCGCUGGAAAGGAUAUGGCCCAGAAGAAGAUACUUGGGAACCUUUGGAGAAUUUGAGUGACUGUCCAGAAAAGGUGAAAGGAUUUGUAACAGCUGGUCAUCAGUCCAAGAUAUUGCCUUUACCUGGUACUGUUGAUGUGAUAUGUGGUGGACCUCCGUGCCAAGGCAUAAGUGGCUUCAACAGAUUCAGGAACACAACAUCACCUCUCGAGGACCCUAAAAAUAAACAGCUAAUUGUUUUCAUGGAUAUUGUUGACUAUCUGAGGCCUAAGUUUGUGUUGAUGGAGAAUGUUGUUGACAUCCUCAAAUUUUGUACCGGUUAUCUUUUCCGUUAUGCACUUGGCCGCCUCGUUGCUAUGGAUUAUCAGGCACGGAUGGGUAUGAUGGCUGCCGGUGCUUAUGGGCUGGCCCAGUUUCGCAUGCGUAUGUUUAUGUGGGGUGCACUUCCAACUGAGAGGCUACCCCAGUACCCUUUGCCUACACAUAAUGUUGUAAACAGAGGUGUGGUCCCGAGAGAAUUUGAGGGAAACACGGUUGCCUAUGAGAAAGAACAAGAAGUUAAUAGUCUUAAGCAAAGACUUUACCUUGGUGAUGCAAUAUCGGACCUCCCUAAGAUUGAGAACGAUGAAAAACGUGAUGAGAUGCCUUAUGGCUCGGAGCCCCAAUCGGAAUUCCAGCGGUUUAUUAGAUUAAGGAGGGAUGAAAUGCCUGGCAGUAUGGCACUCAACACUGAACACUCAGAACAUAAUUUGUUUGACCACCGCCCUCUUCAACUUAAUCAGGAUGACUAUGAGCGUGUUUGUCAAAUACCUAAGAAGAAGGGUGCAAAUUUCAGAGAUUUACCUGGUGUUCGUGUACGUCCAGAAGACAACAAGGUUGAGUGGGACCCGGCUGUUGAAAGGAAAACUGUAUCUUCUGGGAAGCCUCUGGUCCCUGAUUAUGCCAUGAGUUUUGUGGGAGGAAAAUCCUUAAAGCCAUUUGGGCGUUUGUGGUGGGAUGAGACUGUGCCAACUGUUGUUACUCGUGCUGAACCUCAUAAUCAGGCAAUUCUGCAUCCCCUUCAAAACCGGGUCCUUAGCGUUCGGGAGAAUGCUAGGCUGCAAGGCUUUCCAGACUACUACCGUCUGCUUGGCCCGGUAAAGGAAAGAUACAUUCAAGUAGGGAAUGCAGUUGCUGUGCCAGUUGCUCGUGCGUUGGGUUAUUCCUUAGCUUUGGCUCUGAAUGGAUUGUCGGGUGAUGCCCCACUUUUGACCCUUCCCGAUGAUUACCUGACUGCCAAAGACCAACCAUCUCCGGCUAUUGUUAUGUAG